AUGGCUUUCACACCUAGAGGCGGUCGUGGCGGCGCCCCGCGUGGUCGCGGCGGCUUUGGAGGAGAUCGUGGUGGCCGCGGAGGCGGAAGAGGAGGGCGCGGUGGCUUUGGUGACCGUGGUGGACGUGGUGGAGGUAGGGGAGGCGGCGCAAGGGGAAGAGGUGCACCUCGCGGGCGUGGAGGCCCUGGCGGACGGGGAGGUGCUGGAGGUGCCCGUGGUGGCGCCAAGGUCAUUGUUGAGCCGCAUCGCCACGCCGGCGUGUUCGUGGGACGUGGCAAGGAAGAUCUUCUGCUCACCAAGAACCUGACUCCGGGAGAAAGCGUAUACGGAGAGAAGCGCAUCAGCGUUGCGAACAGCGCGAACCCUACCAACGGCGAAGACGCUCCCGCAACGUCGACCGAAUACCGCGUGUGGAACCCUUUCCGAUCUAAGCUUGCUGCUGGUAUCUUGGGUGGUGUCGACGAUAUCUACAUGAAGCCUGGCUCUAAAGUCCUGUAUCUGGGUGCCGCUUCUGGAACCAGUGUUUCGCACGUUGCCGACAUUGUCGGCCCAGAGGGCACUGUAUACGCUGUCGAGUUCUCACACCGAUCUGGCCGUGAUCUGAUCAACAUGGCUACACACCGCACGAACGUGAUCCCCAUCGUCGAAGACGCCCGUCACCCGCUGAAAUACCGUAUGCUGUUGCCCAUGGUCGACUGCAUCUUCGCAGACGUUGCCCAGCCCGAUCAAGCGCGUAUUGUUGGACUCAACGCCAGUCUCUUCCUAAAGGUCGGUGGCGGUGUUCUUAUUUCCAUCAAGGCCAACUGCAUCGACUCCACUGCUGCGCCAGAAGCCGUAUUCGCUUCCGAGGUAAACAAGAUGAGGGAAAUGGGCAUCAAACCUAAGGAGCAGCUGACGCUCGAGCCUUUUGAGCGUGACCACGCCCUCGUGGCCGGUAUCUACCACCGAUCGUCAUAG